CCCACCAUAAACUACAGUUUCACUCACUAUGUGUAGGUGACUCACUCAAGCCUCACAUUCGAAGGAUGAUUCUGGCUGUGCUCCUUCUUUGCGCCGUUGGAGCGCGAUGUGCAGUCAACCAGGAGGCCGAGGACGACGACUGUGUCUCCACCGAUGAAGUGGCCUGCUUUGUUGCUGCUGACCAUGUGAACGCCUCCGGACCGGUCAACAUCAAGGUUAAUGUCGGGAAGAAACUCCUGAUCUCACUGCAGGGCCUCGAGGGCGACACCAUCUGCAACUGGAUGAAAGAAAAUGACCUGACUACAUCAAGAAAUGGCAGCGUGUCUUUUGUCCUGGCCCCACUGUUGGUUGCUGACUCUGGAAAUUACCAACUCACCUGUGCAGGCAGCACUGGGCUCAACUACUCGCAGUCUGUGACUCUUCACGUGACAAGACGCCCCACAAAACCCCUACUGGCUCUGAUGCCUGCAGCACAGAAACAUGAGGUCUACAAUCUAAUCUGUCAAUCAGACGGUUCACCAAAACCCUCCCUCAAGUGGAUCAACUUACCUAUCAAGAGUGAAUCUGUGAGAAAAGCAAGCGACACAGGAGCUGCAGUGAUGGAAACAGAAAGUUCAGAUCUCUUCAACAAGCUGGUGAUGUGUUGUGCGACAAACCCUGAAGGCCAAGAAUGCUCCCAAGUGUACGACUAUGAUCUUGACGUUGGCGCCAGGACGAACGAUGAGUUUUCUAAUGUCACCUUGAGCCCUGGAGAUUCUCUGCUGCUGCGCUGCAAAGUCAAAUACGAGGAAGACGUGGAUCUGAUUUGGAAUAAAGACAUGAAAGAUAUGUCCUCAGAGUGCUCAAGUCAGGAGAUCUGCGUCAUUGAUGACUCAUACUACCAUCUCACUGUCGUCUACCUGAUGGUCAAGUCUGUCCGCCUAGAGGACAGUGGGACGUACACAUGCAGAAGGAAAGAUAAACACAAGUCGGUUUAUGUUCAAGUCAGUGACGUAGACUCCCUCACUGUCCAGUUGGAGGACAGCAUCAUCCUACCAAAGGCCAAGUCUGACAGUCGUCUGCAGGCCAACAUCUCUUACCAUCCUGUUCUCCAGUCCUGCGUGUGGGAGCGUCCCGACCGAAUCAGGACACCAUGUCUCUAUGAUAAGGAGGUCACCAAGCACAGGAGGGUGUGGAUGAGUGGGAUUCUCCAAACUGGAGAUUAUAAAUUGCACAUAAGGGCCGGAACAGUGAAGCAGACCAACACUGUAUCUGUGUGUAUUGUAGAUGACCCCAAGUUCAAGUUGGACCAACUUUUCAACAACUUCACCAUUGAGACGUCCAGUGCUACGCCGGCCAACUACAGCUGGUAUUCCUGCUCCUCCAGUAAUUUGAGCUGUGAAACAGACUCUGUGUGGACCGAGAUCUCAGGAUCUUCAGGGACAGUCUCGGAGGUCCACUGUAACAAAGCGAUCACCAGUGCGCUCAGCAGAGACCUCCUGACGGGACCUUAUCUGAAGUUUUGCCUCACAAACUCUGUGAGCACCUGGUGUUCGGUUCAGUACUCCAUCUCCUACCGGCCUGUGGCCGUCAAAAGUCAGCUGAGUAGCGAAGAUCCCAGCUUUCAAAUGCUCCAGGUGGGUAGUUUGAUUCUGAUCAUGGCCCUGAUCUUGGUCAGCAUCGCUCUCACUUACUUCAUCAAGAAAAAGAAACCUCAAUACCAGCCGCAGCUGCAGAUGAUCCAGAUGGUGGGACCCAAUGAUAAUGACUACAUCUACAUCAACUUUAAGGACUUUGAGUAUGAACCCAAGUGGGAGUUUCCCAGAGAGAAUCUGGAGUUAGGGAAAGAACUUGGCGCAGGUGCGUUUGGGAAAGUCCUCCAGGCAACAGCUCAUGGCAUUAACAAGGCUGGAGUCUCUCAGCAGGUGGCCGUCAAGAUGCUGAAAGAGAAACACCAAACUGUGGAGAAAGAGGCUUUGAUGUCAGAGCUGAAGAUGCUGACGCACAUUGGUCACCAUGGCAACAUCGUCAACCUCCUUGGAGCGUGCACAACCUCAGGACCCAUAUAUCUGAUCUUCCAGUACUGCCGUCAUGGAGACAUGCUGAAUUACCUGAAGAACCACAGCGAGCAGUACCACAAGACUAGGAUCAGCGCGUUGAGCAAAGACCGUUUCAGUAUUUUGUACAACAACCUGAUGCACAAGAAAAGCUCAAGUGAGAAAAACGUGACCGACGACUACAUGACGAUGCACCCUGCUACCACUAAGGGGCAGGAGAACCUCGCACUUCUUGCUCCCGAUGAAACGGAAGAUCCAGAGUUGUUUGAGAACCCUGAUGAUGGCACAGAUGACCAACAGGCUCUGACGUACGACGACCUGCUCAGCUUUGCCUUACAAGUGGCCAAAGGGAUGGAGUUCCUCUCCUCCAAAAAUUGCAUCCACCGGGACCUGGCUGCCCGGAACGUUUUGGUGACCAAUGGUCGACGGGUGAAAAUUGGCGACUUUGGUCUGGCUCGGGACAUCGACAACGACAGCAACUAUGUCGUGAGAGGGAACGUGCGACUACCAGUGAAGUGGAUGGCGCCGGAGAGCAUCUUCCAGGGCAUGUACACCAUGAAGAGUGACAUCUGGGCUUAUGGAAUCCUCCUGUGGGAGAUAUUCUCACUUGGUGUCACUCCGUAUCCGGGCAUGAAGGUGGAUCACACAUUCUACUCUCUGAUCGAGAAAGGCUUCAAGAUGGAGUGUCCUUACUACGCAGAGGAGGCUGUAUACGAGGUGAUGUGUCGGUGUUGGGCCUUGGAUCCGUGUGACCGGCCGUCUUUCUCCAAAGUGGUCUCGUUCAUGUGGGACCAGCUGACAGAGAGGGAGGAGAAGCUCUAUCACAACCUGCCUGACCAGACGACUGGUGAAUACCAAAAUGUGUCGACCAUUGGAAGCAUUUCUGCUUUGGCCAAACAAAACGAGGGCAGCAGCCAGAACACCAACGACUACUGCCAAACUCAGUCCACUGAAAGAAGCAGAGCAGAAGCGGUGGUGAUGGAGAUGGAGGGCAGCGAGUGACUCCUAUUCAGACUCAUUAUUCUCAAACAGUUUUGUCAUCAUUGCUUUUCGACAUGCAUUUUACACUUUACCAACUAGUUUUUGUUCAUUAUUAUGUGUUUGUGGAUUUUUUUUAUACCAGAGGAUUUUAUUUUUUCAGUAUAUGGCUCAAGAACAUAAUAAUAAUAAUUGUUAUAAUAAUAAGGGAAAUUAAGUUAUUGUUAUGAUAAUGUUAUGAUACAAUAUAAAAUGUAAGAUCCAAACAAAAAAAAGUGAGCAUUAAUCUAUCUUUUUCUGCAAACGAUUCAAAGUUUAAAGCCAUUUUUAAGUUGCUGUUCAAGCUUGACAAGCAGGUGUAUAUAUGCACACACAUUUAUUCAUAUUUUUAUACCUAUUUUACAUAAUAAAAGAAAAAAAAAUGUAUGGUGGUUUAAUCAGCACGUGUGGCUGUAAUAGCAGCAUUUCAUUUAUUUUCUUACUUCAGCAUUUUAAACACACUUUUUUUUAAGAGCAGAAAGACUCCUUUUAUCAGCAGGUUUAAAUAAAGUUUCUUAUUUUGGUUUUAUAUUUGUUUUUGUUUUUUGCAUGGGCGGGGUAAAAUAUUGUGUUUUCUGACUGGUGAUGUUCUUCUGUGUUUACUGUCUUGUUGCUAUAUAACAUUUACUUAUUAAAGCUUUUCUA